UACUUACAGGCAAGAAAACAUUUGUAUGUGUUACUCUGAGAUGAACUUCUAUCUUUGUGUAUUUCUUAUGAUCUGGUUCAGCUGCUCCCCAGGUCCAUGAAACCAUGGGUACGCCCACUGGCGACAAAUCAUGGUUCCGAUCAACCUUCGCCAUCUCUUUCUCCUUCUCGGAGACCCAUUAGGGUAGGACCUACGCCGCGGUAUCGGUCGAGGGAAGAAAUGUACGCAGAUCGCGCUAAAAAAAAUCGCUCAUUACUGAUGUAUACUGGAGCCGUGAUCGUAAGUUUUUUAGGCCUAACCUAUGCUGCUGUCCCCCUCUACCGUCUCUUCUGCUCCGCAACUGGAUUUGCUGGCACGCCCAGUACACGGACCCAGGCUGCUCCUGGACCGGAAUACCCCGAAUGGAUGCCGGAAUGGUUGAAAAUUCUGCUCUCUCCCUCUACUGCAUCCCAAGAUCGUUUUGCUCCGUCGAGGUUGAUUGCUGUCGAUCCUGCAGAUGACCCAAAGUCAAGGAGGUUCAAAGUCACCUUUACAUCUAGCACUUCUACAGCGCUUCCAUGGACAUUCAGGGCCGCUCAGCAUCAUGUCUAUGUUCUUCCCGGCGAAAGCUCUCUUGCGUUCUACACGGCAAAAAAUAAUAGCAAAGAUGAUAUUAUAGGUAUUGCCACAUACAACGUAACUCCGGAUCGUAUUGCUCCUUACUUCUCCAAAAUUGAAUGUUUCUGCUUCGACGAACAAAAACUGCUCGCUUCGGAAACUGUUGAUAUGCCUCUUCUAUUCUUUAUCGACAAGGACGUACUAGAUGACCCCAGUUGUAGGAAUGUGGAAGAUGUCGUGUUAAGCUAUACAUUUUUCAGAGCCCGAAGAAACCAGCAAGGUCAUCUGGAGCCUGAUGCACCCGAAGACGUUGUUCAGGAAUCUCUUGGUUUUCAAACCUACGAGUUAGCAAAGCAGGAGUCCGAUAAGUUGUCGAAAGGAAUGCCAGAUAGAGACUAGUUUCAGGUAGUGAUAUCUCCAAAUAAGACUAUUAAACGAUACCGAUAGUGAAAUUGAUA